CGACAACCUCUACCUUGUCAUCAUCACCGUUUCAAGCUUCAAGUCCUACGAAAUCCAUCAUUGUUUCAAUUGUUCAAAAUGGCUGACCUCCCGACUACCUUUGACAAGCCUGUCCAUAUCGCCGUUAUUGGCGGUACUGGUCUCGGCCAACUCGAAGGCUUCGAGCCUGUUGCUGCCCUGAACCCUAUCACACCAUGGGGUGCUCCCGCGUCGCCGAUCCAGAUCCUCUCACACAAGGGAGGCUACGUCGCUUUCCUUGCCCGCCACGGUGUUCACCACCAGUUUGCUCCUCACGAGGUUCCUAACCGUGCCAACAUUGCUGCUCUACGACACAUUGGCGUUCGAUCCAUUAUUGCUUUCUCCGCCGUCGGUUCGCUGCAGGAGGAGAUCAAGCCUAUGGACUUUGUGCUUCCUGACCAGGCCAUCGAUCGCACAAAGGGUGUCCGACCUUUCACCUUCUUCGAGGGCGGUGUAGUUGGACACGUUGGGUUCGCUGAUCCCUUUGAUGCAGGUCUUGCCAACGUUGUCAAGGCUUGCGCAGCUCAUAUGGAGGGCGAUGGCGUCGUAUUGCACGAUAAGGGCACUGUCGUUGUUAUGGAGGGACCACAGUUUUCGACUCGUGCUGAGUCGCACAUGUACCGAUCCUGGGGCGGUUCGGUCAUCAACAUGUCGACGCUUCCCGAAGCCAAGCUUGCCCGCGAGGCUGAGCUAGCUUACCAGGUAAUCGCCAUGGCCACUGACUACGACUGCUGGCACUCGUUUGAGGAUGUCAACGUCGAGUUGGUUUUGAAGUACAUGAAGGCAAACAACGAGAACGCCAAGCGCCUCGUCGCUGGCGUGCUGGAUCGGCUCGCCGAGCUCGAAAACAGCGAUUUGGUUCUAGCCAAGCAUUUGGCCGGCUCUUCUCAAGGAGCCGUCAAGUUUAUGACCAAGCCUGCGGGCCGCAACCCCGAGGCCAUGAAGAAGGUUGAGUACCUUUUCCCAGGUUUCUGGGAAGAGUAAGAAGACCAACGAAAGAGGUGGAAACUUGAAGGCCAAGAAAGUGCUAUAUAGACAUCUGGUGUUGGUAAAAGAGGCGUUACUGCUAAGCGGCAAAACAAUCAUGGUAUAUCACUCUGCAACCACAAUAUUUGCCGAUUGCUGGCGUAAGUAGACCGGGUGCAAACGUC